CCUACAUACUGUGGAAGGGGAUGGAGUCCCUGUAGUGCACCGGUGGGGGAGUGAGUGAGCGGCCAUGUGGGGCUGAGUUGCCAACUAAACCACAACACUCACCUAAUUUAUCUCAGGCAAGAGCAGCAAAGGGCCUUUGCCAUCAGGACGGGCUGAGCUCUGAUCUCAGCCACUUCCCCAAACGCACUCUGAAAAAUAUAUCAGUGUUGCUGCAGAACGGGGUGAAGGAUUUCCGUUGGAAAGCAAGAGCUCAGGCACUUCCUCCAGCAGCGUCACUGCGAUGCGGGAGGGCUUGCGAGGCAGACACUUUUGAACGGGACACGCUGGGCAGACCCCAGCAAUGCCCCUUCCCUGGGCUUGACGAUGGCCGUGGAGCUGAGAGUCCUCCUCCUGCUGCCGCUCUGGGUCCCAGGUCUCCAUGCCCAAACAACCGAUGCUGUGGAGAGAUUAUCAGAAGGAAGCACUCUCUAUAUCCACUGUCCUUACACAGCAGACACAGGCUACUUGCAACCAAAAGCCUGGUGCCGCCUGAGAGGUGACAGAUGUGAGCCCUUAGUGGGGAUGACUGUAUCAAGCCAAUACCCAUCUGUGACCCGGGCCACCAUGGGGAAAGUUACAAUAGAGGACUAUCCCCUGAAUCACACCGUGUCCAUCACCAUGGUCAACCUCCAGGCAGAGGACUCAGGCAUAUACUCCUGUGCUUACCGUAACAGCAGCAACAUAUAUUAUCAACUAAAGACGAUCUCUUUGAUUGUUUUGAAGGAGUUGCACCGGUACGAGUUGGACAGUCUCUCUGUGCAGUGCCCGUACAGCACCCACGGCUACGGCACAGAUACAAAAACCUGGUGUCGAACACAAGGUCAGACUGAGUGUAACGUCGUGGCGAGGACAGGUUACCCUUCAGCACGUCGGAACAGUAAAGACCUGGAAGGCAGAACAUUGAUCUGGGAUGACACCUGGCAGAGGACUGUCACCAUCACCAUGCAGAAGCUGCAGGCCCAGGACACCGGCCUGUACUGGUGUGCACUCUCCAGAGGCGGUCCCCUCACCCCUAUAAUGGGGGUCAAGCUCUCGGUGUCCAAGAGGCUCCAACAAUACACAGCCAAGGAGUCAGGCAAUGUCUCUGUCCAGUGCCAGUACAGCGCCCAGCGCUAUGGGGCUCUGAACAAAGCCUGGUGCAAAGAGGGAGCUCAGCAAGCAUGUACUGCCAUGGUCAACACGAUUUCAAAGCCUUCACGGUACCUCAGGGCACCCCGGAAAGGCAGAGUCACGAUCCAGGACGACAGCCAGCGGGGGAUUGUCACCAUCACCAUGGAGGACGUGCAGGCACCGGACUCCGGCGUGUACUGGUGUGCGCUUUAUGAACAGCUGCACCUUUUCCGAAUGGCGGAGGUUACGCUCAGUAUUUCUAAGGAUGAAACACCAAACAUCUUUUCUUCCCCGUCUCCAGUGACUCCCUCAUACGCCACUGAGACAACUACUGGUAAUGAGGAAGAAGUAAAACAAAACGGGUUCCAGAUCAUCCUUUGGCCUGGCGUUGCUAUCGUGACCAGCAAGACCCUGGCAAUAGUGAUCCUAGUGUUCCUUGUGAGAAGGAGGAAGAGGAACUCCACAGUGAAGGCGCCCAGAUGACACAAGAGCCCAGCCAGCAGCCUCCCCUCCUCAGCCCCUUUGGAGCAGCAGAGGAGAGCGGCGGGCUGGAGGAGCCCACGAGCACCAUCCCCUGCCGGGAGCUGCCCUCGCAGCCAGGCUGGCCGCUGCCACCAGCUCUCCUGCACUGCCAGGUCCCAGCUGGGAGCGGCCCCGCUGCUGCAACAGCGCAGGCCCUCACCCCACAGCGCCUGCACUUCCCACAGGCAUUGGCAAACCCUCUCAGCCUCCCCACGGGCCCCUGCGCCAGGGCUCUGCGAGGGUGCCCCACAGGAAAUAAA